ACAAUUUGUAGACCUAAACAAAUAGUUGUCUGUAUUAGACCUACACAAAAACCAAGAUUGGACAGGAUUCCACUGUAAACCAACCCCAAAUUCGCAUUAGGCAGGAUCUUGGUGUAGCCUACGCUUUCAAGCUGUUUGCAGAAUAUAAAGAUAAAGAUGUUUGAUUGAAAAGAUCCAUCGUGUCAUAAAAAUGUAAUUGCUCUGGGUCUGAGUAACCGCACACCGCAUUUUUAAAUGAACGCUAAGAAGUUCCUGAAGUUCAACUGCAAGAGCGGACCAUUCGCAAACGAGCCAUCACUUCCUCAAACUCUAAAGGACUUCUCCCUUGACUUUUUUUCUGCUUAAUGAGAAUUACAGAAAAGAACCGUAGGUUGUCUGGAUCAAGCUACAGUUAAAGGUAUGCUUGGGCUCUGAGACGGAAAGGGAUUAGAAUGCAGAGCAUCAAGUGUGUAGUGGUUGGGGAUGGUGCGGUGGGUAAGACCUGUCUGCUGAUCUCACACACCACCAGCGCCUUCCCUAAUGAGUACAUCCCCACGGUGUUUGACAACUACAGCUCCCAGGUGACAGUGGACAACAGGACAAUUAGCCUCAACCUUUGGGACACUGCUGGACAGGAGGAGUAUGACCGUCUACGCACCCUCUCCUAUCCCCAAACCAACGUUUUUGUCAUCUGCUUUUCCAUUGCCUGCCCGCCUUCCUAUGAGAAUGUCAAGCACAAGUGGCAUCCAGAGGUUACCCAUCAUUGCCCAAAUGUGCCCAUUCUUCUUGUAGGCACCAAGAGCGACCUGCGCAACGAUGAAGAAGUCCUAAAGAAGUUGAAGGAUCAGAACCAGACAACCAUCGCCCAAGCACAGGGCGCUGCCCUGGCCAAGCAAAUCCACGCCAUGAAGUACCUGGAAUGCUCUGCCCUCAACCAAAAGGGAAUAAAACAGGUGUUUGAUGAAGCUGUGCGUGCUUUUCUCAAUCCACAACCACCCACCACCAAAAAAACAUGUAAAAUAUUAUAGUGAAAAUAGACAGAACCAAAAAUCACAAAUCAAACAAGGUACAUUUAUUUACUUGCAUUAGGCGCAUAUGGUUUUAAAACUGAUUGUGUUUAUGUGCUUGAUUUAAAAUUUGUAGUUACCAGAUAUUUACAAUUGAUCAUUGAAGUAAACUGUUGGCAGUGACUUUAACAAUAAUUGAACAUCCCAAAAGUCAUGAAAAAUCAUGAAUCAACAAUAAUAUCCCAUAUCUUGUACCAAUGGUUUCUGAUAUUGCAAUGGUUGUUUUAUAAAAGUGGAAUUGAAUUGUG